UUUCAUGUGAUAUUAUUCUGUGUUUGUUGUCAGUUCAGUAGAAACGAAACGUCGUCGUUUCUUCACAUCAUUAUAAUAAUAAAUUAAUAUAUUUUGUCUUCUCUCUUAAAUAAACUCUUAUGAUAGUGAUAGAAUAAAAUAUCUUAAAAAAGCAAUCUUUCCUUUUCUAGAAAAGAUAACAAGAUUUCUGUAUAUCGCCGGAAUCGAAGAAUAGGAACUAUCAUCGGCGGCGGAGGCGACGAUGGGCGCGUCAAACUCCACGGAGAGCGUCUCGAUCCAGCAACGGGAGGCAGAGUCCAUUGCUGCCUCUUCUGGUGCUCUCCCUUCUCUUCACACCACUUUCUCCACCCUCGCCGAUCCCAAUUCUCAUGCAAUUCCCCUCCAGUCUCUUGAGAAAAGCUUCAGUUUGACUUACAAAGAUCCCAUCUCUGAAGGACCGUCAAUACCUGAUGCUUUUCCGGAUUUGUUGGAUCAUUUCGGGUCAGCAAUGGUAGACCUGUUUUUUAUGCCUGAAAUAGAAGGAGUGAGCUGGGUAGAGUUUGUUAAAGGUUAUAACAAGUGCUCUGCUAGAAUGUCUUCCUCAAUGUCACUCAAUAACUUGUUGAGAGUAUUUUCUGCAACUGCAAAGAAAGCUGGUCUUCCUUUGAACUUGGAGUUCGAAUCUGAUGAUGCGGAUUGUAAGAUCAGUGGUUUUCUUCUGCCCACUGAUGUCUUUUUGUUUUUUUGGUUAUGUUGGACCAUGUUAUGGGAUUCUCAUAAUUUGAGAUCUUCAAAAGCAAAAGCAAUUCUAUGCCUUCCUGAUAUCAAUCAUCUGGUGAAAUCAGUUCUAACAUCUUCUUCUGAAGUUAGUAGCAGUUUUAACAUAUGGGAUUGCGACCUUUUGGGCCUGGAAGUUCAACUUCCUGUUGGAAAUUUUAUUAGUUGGAUCUUGUCAACUUUAUCAAGCCUCCCUGAUUGCUUUUCACAAUUUGUCCAUGCAAGAAUUCUGAGCUCCGUCACUCAAGAGCAGGAUAAUUCAGAAUCCUCACAAUCAUCAGAAUUAGGAGAGACAUCCACAUCCAAUGUAUGUGUUUCUCAUCUUUUAGCACGUGGAAUAGCAUGGGCAAUAUCCCUUACCAUGAGAAACACAAUAAGUGAAGAAUUAUCUAGAAUAUGUUUUUUAAGCAACAUGGAGGCAGAGGGAGCAGAUGAAAACCUUCUUUAUAGGUCAUCUCUUCAUGGAAGAGGGCUGAAUCGACUCUGGUCUAAUGUUGAAGGUUAUCAAGGUCCUUUGAUUAUGUUGAUAUCUUCUCAUUUGGGAGGUGCCUCUGAGGGUAAUGAUACCGAGAAAAAAUGCAUUAUAGGUGUACUUACACAUCAGGGAUUUGAAAAUAAGGAUACGUUUUAUGGAAGUUCAGGAAGCAUAUAUGCUAUACAACCGAUCUUCCACGCCUACUCAUCUACUGGUAAGGAGAAGAACUUUGUCUAUAGCCACUUACAUGCUACUGGAUAUGAACCACAUCCAAAGCCUGUAGGUAUUGGAUUUGGAGGAACAGCUGGAAAUGAGAGAAUUUUCAUCGAUGAAGAUUUUGCUCAAAUCACUGUUCGCCAUCAUGCAGUUGACAAGACUUACCAACAUGGCUCCCUCUUCCCAGAACAGGGUUUCCUACCGUUCGAAGCUCCGAUUUCCGAAGUGGAAGUUUGGGGACUUGGUGGAGGCAGAAUUAAGGAAAGACAAGAUAAGUUGAAAAAGAGAGAGGAGCUUUUCACUGAGCAAAGACGAAAGAUUGACUUGAAAACAUUUACAAAUUGGGAGGACUCACCUGAGAAAAUGAUGAUGGACAUGAUGUCUAAUCCUAAUGCAGUUCGUCGAGAAGAACGGUGAGUUUGAGGCUAAAGAAUUUACUUGAAGAGUGAUAUAUGUACACUUUUUCUUAAGCAAAGAGUGACAUGUUAUGUUAUUUACAGAUGAAUAAGUCCUUUUUUGUCCAUUGCCAAGCUUUUUACACAAAUUUGGUAAUUGGAUUGGCUUUCAGUCUCAUGUUUAUGUAUAAUGUAUGUACAUGACGUAUACAAUUGACUUAUGUCAGAAUUUAAUAUUGUAAAAUAAAGUAAUAAAAAGGUUUAAUCUUUUUUUUUUUUUUUUGCUGAGAAAUAAAAAAGUUUAAUCUUGUAUAGUGAUAUAAGAUUAUUUGAGAAAAA